AUGGAGCAGACAAUGAAACUUACAUUAUCAGGGAAGAACAAGAUUGGUUUUAUUACUGGAACGAUUGAAAAACCAUUAGAAGGAAGCUUACAAUCAGCAUGGAGAUGUAAUAAUGAUGUGAUAACCUCAUGGAUUAUCAACUCAGUCUCAAAAGAAAUUGCUGUCAGCUUAGUUUACAGGGGAAGCGUCAAAGAGAUAUGGGAUGAAUUAAAAGAAAGGUACCAUCAGUCCAAUGGGCCACAUAUAUACCAGUUGAGAAAGGAUCUUGCAACUACUACUCAAGGAAACCUUUCAGUGGAAGUAUAUUACGCAAAAAUCACUACGAUAUGGCAAGAACUUGUUGAAUACAGACCAACGGAUAAAUGUACUUGUUAA